UGUAGGAGUGGGUGGGGAAAUCGUUUGCGCCUUUUUUGACAGAAUGACAGAUAAUGGACCAAAUGUCCGUUUGUGUACUAUAUACUUUUGUAAGAAUCACAAGUUCUGCAGAUUUGUUGAAUUCUUGGGGAAUACUGAUGUAUUGGCAAAGCGAAAGGAACGCUAAGUAAGCAGAAAGGUCUGAGAACAGGAGAGAGAAAAAAAACUGCACACUCUGCUCCCCUGUUGUUAUCGGGGCUCUGGGAUAGAUUUUUCUUUCCUGAAAAGGACUGAGCGUCUCAUUUACCUCCCCUUGUGUUUUUAUUCUCCCCAGAGAGGUAAUUAUGGUGUGCGAAGAGAGGUGACGUCCUUCACUUUGAUUCCCGAUAUUAACAAUAGCAAUAACACAGCGACGGCUCGGAAGAGGGAAUCCCAGAAGAAACUUAAAACGGAGAUUGGAACCUCAGAGGAUCUGUGUUGGCACUUCGGUUCAAAUGGAAUUCAGCGCCGGUCGUUAAGGUUCUCCGCUAAAAAUUAAGGUAUGGACAAUGGGAUGCUCUGCUUUGUUACAAUGAAACCCCCACUGGUUUUCUUUUUGAUCAUCAGCGUGAUCUGCCGUCUUGGUUUGUCCCAGAUGGCAGCAGGAACUGUUACGGAAGAAACAAAUGACAAUAUCACCAUCUUCACCAGGAUCUUAGAUGGACUGCUGGAUGGAUAUGAUAACAGGCUUCGUCCUGGACUGGGAGAAAGGUUAACGGAGAUAAAGACAAAUAUCUAUGUUACAAGCUUUGGCCCAGUAUCGGAUACUGAAAUGGAAUAUACAAUUGAUGUUUUCUUCCGCCAAAGCUGGAAAGACGAACGCCUUAUGUUUAAUGGUCCUAUGAAAAACCUACCUUUGAAUAACCUUCUAGCCAGCAAAAUAUGGACUCCAGACACCUUCUUCCUUAAUGGCAAGAAGUCAAUUGCUCACAAUAUGACAACUCCCAACAAGCUACUCCGACUCGGGGAUGAUGGGACUCUUCUGUACACAAUGAGGUUGACAAUAUCAGCUGAGUGUCCUAUGCAGCUGGAAGAUUUCCCAAUGGAUGCACAUGCCUGCCCUCUGAAGUUUGGGAGUUAUGCUUAUCCGAUUUCGGAAGUUGUUUACACCUGGACAGAUGGAGCUGCCCAAUCGGUGGUUGUGGCUGAAGAUAGUUCAAGACUGAACCAAUACCAUCUAAUCGGACAAACAGCAGGGACUGAAGACACCUAUACAAGUCGAGGUCAAUACACUGUUAUGAUGGCACAUUUCUAUCUGAAGAGGAAAAUCGGUUACUUUGUCAUCCAAACAUAUCUGCCAUGCAUUAUGACAGUCAUUCUGUCCCAGGUUUCAUUUUGGCUGAACCGAGAAUCUGUCCCUGCCAGAACUGUCUUUGGAGUAACCACUGUCCUUACAAUGACCACACUCAGUAUUAGUGCUCGCAACUCACUACCUAAAGUUGCUUAUGCCACUGCAAUGGACUGGUUUAUAGCAGUGUGCUAUGCUUUUGUCUUUUCUGCAUUAAUUGAGUUUGCUACUGUCAACUACUUCACCAAACGAAGUUGGGCAUGGGAUGGGAAAAAAGCCCUUGAAGCAAGUCAACCUAAGAAAAAGGACCCCUUGGCACUUUCAAAGAAACCGAACAAUGCAUGUCCGACUGGAGGAGUUAGCUACACGCCAAACAUCACAAAGGAUGCUGUUCUUUCCACUAUUUCAAACAGCACGUCGGUACAGUUGAAACCUGCUGAAGUAAAGGCACCAGACCCUAAAAAAACAUACAACAGUGUCAGCAAGAUUGACAAGAUGUCGAGGAUAGUUUUCCCAGUGUUGUUUGGGACUUUCAACCUAGUAUACUGGGCCACGUACCUGAACCGAGAACCAGUUAUUAAAGGAGCCGAGACCCCUACAUAAAGUGCUUCUGUUUACAGUUCCUGAACUUCAGCCAUAUUGUACAACAACAGGAUUGCCAUAGAAAUUGAUGCCAAGCACUGAAGACUUACUCUAAUCAAGUUUGGAGAACCUUACUUGUUUUCUUAAGUUGCAUGAUCAAAGCUAUAUGGAAUAAUAUUGCCAUGUUUGCCUUGACGAUUUCUAUACUAAUAUACUAGAUUUUCUUAAAGAAUGUUGCAUUUUAUUCAACGCAGCAAGUAUUUUUAUCAUUGCAAAGUAGGAAAUAUUCUUUAAAUCACCUGUUUAACACACCCAAAUAACAUUUUGCAGUAACAGUCAUUAAAAAUGUUGGUAUGCAUUAUGUUACAAAAAUGAAAAAGAUCCAACUGCAA